AUGCCUUUUGAUCGCUCUGAGGACAGGAAUGUCCGCUUUUUCGAUAAGACCAAGCCAGAUACCGUCUUGGGUGGAUUAGUACAAAAUGGCUUAGUCACGGAGAAAAAAUUUCUUUCAAUGCUUGGUAUUGUCCUGGUUACAGAAGCUCCUAUCUAUGUGUAUGCGAAGGCAACCGGAAAUGCAGUCUCGAUAGUUGAUAAGCCUCUUCAGAUCGGAGAUUAUAUGGUGCGGUGUGCAAGUGAAAUCCAGGUCAACAAUGAACCGUGGAUUCAACGCAUCAUUUCUUAUAAUGUGUCAGGUCGGGAGGGCGCCUUUCGCGAUGGGAUCCGUAGUCGCGAUGGGAAAUGUGUUAUCUCAGGGAUGGUAAAGAGGAGUAAGAGUGAUAAUUGGACUAUGUUUGAAGCAGCACAUGUGUUUCCGCUAGAGAAAGAAGGGCUAUGGACUCAGUGCAACCACGGUCGUUGGAUUACAGGUAUCGAUGAAGAGAAAGAAAGGCUACGGAUUCAGUACAACUACGGUCGUUGGAUUACAGACAUAGAUGACAGCGUUGGCAUCUCAAAGAUCAACUCGUUGCAGAAUGGGCUUCUGUUUAGAGCGGACAUCCACGGUGCGUUUGAUCAAUACUUGAUAUCAGUGAAUCCUGAUGACAGCUAUAAGGUUGUGGUGUUUGACGUCGAUAAUUCCGGUGUGGAUGGCAGAAGCCUCGACCCCGUGUGUCGCAAUCCGGAAGAUCCCCAUCGGGUGUCUGAUGAGCUGCUUCGAUGGCACUUUCGGCAGUCUGUGCUUGCGAAUAUGAGAGGUGCUGGACAGCCGGUAUUUGAGCAUGAUUUUCUGCCAGGGACAGAUAUGAUGAGAGAGGUUCGAGUUGGAGUUGGAGGCUAG